AUGCCGGCGCAACCACUCGACACGUCCCUUUCCCGGGCCUCCAACACCAGCAACGAUGACACCCAGGAUGCGCCCAAGAAGCUGCCGAAAGGCGUAGUGCUUGGCCCGGACGGGAAGCCUUGCCGCACCUGCACGUCCGUCUCUUCGUGGUUCGCCAUGGCCAAAGAAAAGACCAAGAAUAGCAGCAGCUCCAGCGCUUCCACCUCCACCUCCACCGCCGCCGCCGCCCUCGCCGCAGCAAGCGCCGCCGCCGCAGACCAACAACCGCCACGCGACUGCCCCCCGGACGUCGAGCAGCUGGGCCGCUCGUCCUGGACGCUGCUGCACUCCAUCACGGGCAACUACCCGGCGCGGCCCUCGCCGCAGCUGCAGGCCGACACGCGCCGCUUCAUGUACACCUUCGCCAAGCUGUACCCGUGCUGGACCUGCGCCGAGGACUUCCAGCGCUGGCUGCAGGACGACCGCAACGCCCCGCGCGUGAGCUCGCGCGACGAGUUCGGCCGCUGGAUGUGCGAGGCCCACAACGCCGUCAACGACAAGCUGGGCAAGGACAAGUUCGACUGCGACCGCUGGGAGGAGCGCUGGUACACGGGCUGGAAGGACGGGAGGUGCGAUCCUUGA